UUAUCUAUAUAUAUGUGGCUGUUGGCACCAAUACAAGAUCCUACCAAAUGGCCCUCUUACCUCAAAAAUUCUUCUUCUCCUUUGAUUAAUUUGCCACCACAGAGCGAGUGAAUAUAAAUACCUCUGGUUUGGCCACGUGUGAAACCCUUUUUCUUCUCUUGCUACUCACUAUACUACUACUCCUCCUACUCAUAUAUAGUUGUUAAUAUAUACUCAAUGGCUACUAACGGCUUAGCUAGCCGGAAAAAAGAUCCAGUAUACCGAGGCAUCCGGUGCCGGAGCGGGAAAUGGGUGUGCGAGAUCCGCGAGCCGAAGAAGACCACUCGAAUCUGGCUCGGAACUUACCCCACGGCAGAGAUGGCAGCUGCUGCCUACGACGUGGCUGCUAUAGCUCUCAAAGGCCGAGAAGCCCUCUUGAACUUCCCAGGAUCCGUCGGGUCAUACCCGGUUCCCUUGUCAACAUCCGCAGCGGAUAUUCGAAGCGCUGCGGCCGCGGCCGCCUCCAUGAAAGGGUGUGAGGAGGAGGAAGAGGAAAAUGCAAAAAAAAAGAGUAGUAGUUUCUCAAAGUCAAGAUCAAGUGAUUUCCACGUACAUGAUGACAUGAUGGCGUCUUCUUCGUCACGGUGUGUGACAGAUUUUAUGGACGAAGAAGAACUGUUGAAUAUGCCUAAUUUUCUGGCUGAUAUGGCGGAAGGGAUGAUGGUUGCGCCACCGUCAUGGAUAGGUUCUCGUCCGUCGGAUGACUCUCCGGAGAAUUUCAAUGAUGAGGACUUGUGGGGCAACUGAUAACUGAUAGGUUAUUUUGUGUUAUAUCCACGUACGUAUUCGUAAUCAUCGGUCUUGUUCUUCUUGUUGUGUGUGCGUGUUAAAUAUGUCACACUUAUGUGAUAUAUAGUAUAGAUCAUAAAAUUUUAAAUUAUAUGUAUGACCAAUUUUGUUUUUUUAAUAUGUUUAAUAAA